AUGGACGGCUACAACAAGGAACGCCGGGCGCGCGUCGCCGACCUCCUGUCGGACUUUAUGCAGCUACAACAAUACAUCGCCGCGGCGCCCGACACGCCCGAGGACAUGGACGACUACUACACCGAGGGCUGGAAGGUGCUGCGCCAGUGCUCCAUCGACGGCCAGCACAUUCUCAACUGCGGCGCCGACACUACCGUUCCCCGGGCCCGCGGCGGCCAGGAGGAGCAGGACAAGGCCGAGCUUCAACAGGUCCAUCUCGACGUCUUCUCGCGUAGGCACAUGGCCCAGAGGAUCUACCUCCGCCAGGCGGCCGCCCAGGACUGGAUCUCGAACCGCGACUACGUCCUUCAGGGGGAACGGCCGCACUCGGGCCACGAACUGCAGCUCCGGGCUUGCGACCAGGAGCUGGUGAGGCGGCUGGCAACAAUCACCGACGAUGCGGUCUACCAGACUCUCCAGGCCUCCGACAUCCAGUACGGCCGCUGGACCGGCGAGGACCCGAGCGUCCGCACCGUGCAGCGCUGGGUUCGCUCCCGUCGCGCGACCUAG